AGAGCCGCCCGGCUGCCUGCCUGCCUCCGGGAGGGAGGAGGAGGAGGAGGAGGGUGGGAGGCAGGCAGGCCUCGGCCGCGUCAAGUCGUCGCAGCGGAGGUCACUAUCACAUGACGAAGGCGUUGAGACAGCUUCAUCUUCGUCUGGCUGUAAUUUCCAUUUGCCUUCUUGGGUCACAGUAAUGAAAGGCAGUAGUAGGAAUAAGGAUCAUUCGACAGAAGGAGAAGGAACUGGGAAGCGACCAAAAAGAAAGUGUCUUCAGUGGCAUCCCCUGCUUGCCAAGAAACUCCUUGACUUUUCUGAAGAGGAGGAGGAAGAAGAGGAAGAAGAAGAUAUUGAUAAGGUGCCGCUCCUCGGCGCUGAUGGUUUAGAGCAGGAUGCUGAUGAAACUGAAGAUGACGAGUCCUCGGAGCAACGAGCUCGCCGACCAAUGAAUGCAUUUCUCUUGUUCUGCAAACGCCAUCGCUCUCUCGUGCGAAAAGAACACCCCCGCCUCGAUAAUCGUGGCGCAACCAAGAUAUUGGCAGACUGGUGGGCUGUUCUAGAUCAAGAGAAGCAGAAAUACACUGACAUGGCCAAGGAGUACAAGGAUGCAUUUAUGAAGGCAAAUCCAGGGUACAAGUGGUGCCCCACAACAAACAAACCUGUGAAAACACAGACUUCCACUGUUACAAACAGGAAGAAACUGUGGGCCUUCCCUUCAGACUCUGCAAAAGAUUUGCCAAGCCCGAGGAAAGUGACAAAAAGUGAAGAAAUGCCACAGCUCAACUUCGGGAUGGCAGAUCCUACACAAAUGGGAGGCCUAAGUAUGCUGCUUUUAGCCGGGGAGCAUGCCCUGACUGCACAAGAGGUUUCCUCGAGUACUUGCCAAUCUGAUGCGACUAAUUCUAUGGAAGCGUGUCAGAAGUCGUCAUUGUUUCAGUUUGCAGAGAUCUCUUCAAGCACAUCACAGCCAGGAGUCCCAGGAGCUGUAAAACAAACUGAGGAGUCUGCAUUGUUUCAGUUUGCUGAGAUUUCAUCAAAUACUUCCCAGUUGUCAAGUCCUGAGCCAGUAAAGCACUGUGGGAAGUCGGCACUCUUCCAGUUGGCGGAGAUUUCUUCGAGUACAUCCCAUUCAGGUCCUUCUGAUUUAACAAAGCAGUGUGGAACAUCAGCAUUAUUUCAGCUGGCAGAGAUGUGCCUUGCUUCAGAAGGGGUGAAAGUGAAAGAACCUGGGAAAACAAAAGUGGAAGCAUCAGAAGAUGUGGCGAGGGAAGUUCCAGAUGAAAUGGAAGCAGAAGAACUGGAGAAAACAACAAUAAAAGACUCCUGUAAAGGAAAAACAGAACAAUCAGAGACAGGGAAAAUACAAAACUGGGAUGAGACAAAAGCUGAGGAAUCAGAAACUGCAAAAUGCAGAGAUUUUACUAGUCUCGUAAUGGAGAGUAGUCCUUUUGAGAGAAAUGAUAACACAAAGGAUCACAUGUGCCGUUCUCCAGAGCUUUCAAUGGUUGACAUGAGCAUCUUUGGGCUAAGCAAGCCAGAAAAGAUAAAGAAGAAAAAGAAAAAGAAUAAGUUGGACCGGCACACAAAUGAAAAAUCCACCCCCAAGAAGCCUUGUAAAAAGAGGCAGUCCUCUGAGUCGGACAUUGAAAGUGUAAUGUACACAAUUGAAGCUGUUGCAAAAGGGGACUGGGGUGCUGAGAGACUUGCGGAAACUCCCCGCAAAAAAGCCCGCCCUGCCUCAAAUGUGAAGGGAAGCAUGUUGGAUACAAAAUCACCAAAGAAAAAAGUGAAAUCGAAAGAGAAGAAAACAUCGAAGGAGAAACCCACGGAGCCCACCAAAGAAUCAAAGCCUCCUGAUUUCCUUAAUAUUACAGCCAACAAGGAAGUACCCUGUGAGGCUUCUGAUAACAUUAAAGUGGAACCACUGACCCCCACAGAGGAGGUGGUACCCCAAAGCUUACCAGAACAGGUCAAAACUGAGGACAGUGACUGUGUUAAAAAGAUAGAAACUUGUGGCUCCAGGAAAUCGGAGAGAUCUUGCAAAGGUGCUCUUUAUAAAACUCUGGUGUCAGAGGGCAUGCUCACGUCUCUGCGUGCUAACGUGGACAGAGGAAAAAGAAGCUCAGGAAAAGGCAACUCCUCAGAUCAUGAAGGAUGCUGGAAUGAAGAAAACUGGGCUUUUUCCCAAAGCGGGACAAGUGGGAACAAAAAACUGAAGAAGACUAAGCCAAAGGAAGAGUUUGUUUUCGGCUUAGCAAAGUUGGAAGAAGAAUUUGAAAAGAAAUUCAACAGCCUCCCUCAAUACAGUCCUAUUACCUUUGACAGGAAAUGCUCAUCUGUUCCAAGGAAAAAGAGAAAGGUUGGAAGCGGCUCAUCUGAACAACCAAAAUCCAACAAAGGUUCAUUCCAGUCUCAGAAAAAGAACUUAUUCCACAAAAUUGUCAGCAAAUAUAAGCACAAAAAGGAGAAGCUUAAUGUUCCGGACACAGCCAUAUUCUUAGAAGACAAAAAUUUCAGUGAGCCUGCCUGGAAAAAUAAAAUUUCUGUAUCUGCCCUAAACACUCCAGAGCCAGCAAUGAUGCACGAGCCUUUAGUUGGGAGCCAGAAAAGGAAAGCAAGGAAAACUAAGAUCACUCAUCUUGUCCGAACAGCAGAUGGUCGAGUGUCACCAGCAGGAGGGACACUGGAAGAGAAGCCUAAAGAUCUGCCACAAAGUAGUCUUCAGAAAGCCUCAACUGCAGAAACAGAUUGCAACAGUGAAUGCUCCAGAAAUGCAGAGACAGAAGAAAAUCAUAGUAUUACGUCAGAUAUGCCAGCAGUGUCUGCGUUUUUUAGCUUAGCUGCUCUGGCAGAGGUAGCAGCAAUGGAAAAUGUACACAGAAGUCAGAGGGCCACACCUCUCCCACAUGAUGGACAGCCAAAUGAAAUGUCUCAGGCUCCAGUGCUUAUUUCCUGCGCUGACCAGUGAAGCUCCACUUUAUUGUAAAACAUUGUGCUUUACCUAAUAUCCUAGCCUUGUCUUUACCAAGGGAAGCUAGUCAGUCCAUGUGAUGGAAACUAUAGACUGCAAGCAAGUGCUUAUUGCUCUGAGUGGCCCAGAAUUCACUGGAAGCCAGACAUUAGCAACUUGGGCCAGGUCCUCAAAUCGGAACCCAGUGUGUAGGAGGGUGAUAUUACUUGUCUGUUAAUGAAGAGAAAUGGAAUGAUCCCAGAGCUUGCUUUCUAUUGAAGGCUUUUAAACAGUAAAUAGGUGGUUGAUGUGAAGAAGGCUGCCUUUACUGUUAGCUCACACAGCAUCUCUUUUACCAACCAGAGAGUAUGGCAACUAGUUUCAUAUAAUACCUAGUUCAAUGAAAAUGAAAAAAAAAAAAGAAAAAAAACAACAACGAAAACACUGACGCACUGCACUAGUUAUUAUUAGAUAUUCUUAGUCAUUUUUGUACAUGAAGAUUUAAGUUCUAAGAUGGUUUAUAUUAAUAGGUUAUGCCUACGUUUAUAUUGUAGAAUGAAUUUAAAACCUGUUCCAGAGAACUCAAGGCAGCCUGGACAGAUGUACCAUUGUUAGCGGUGUUUGGGCAGCCACGUGGUCCAGAUGUUCUGCACUUUUAUAUUUGCCACCAGAGUGGUAGAGUUUACUGGCAAAAAUUCUGACAGGCUAUGUUUGGGUUUUGUUUCUUUUUAAUUUAGCUUUGAAUAACCAGGAUGAUGUGCAUUAGAAAAAGGAGUGGUGUAUGGAAAAGAAAAAUACUGCAGAUAAUUGACUUGUCUUUUAUGCCUUGGAGGGUUCCUUUAUUUUUGCAUAGAUAUCUGAGUGACUUGGUGAAACUUUCCUGUAAACAAAAAGUACUGCAAAUAUGUUUUUCAAAAGUGACCUUAGUAUUAUUUCACCAUUCUGAAGAACCUAAAAGCAUGACUUUUCAAUAUACAUGUACACUGAUACACGUACCUUUUACAUUUUGCAAACACUGGCGUUGUUGUAGUUACUAUGCACAGUCUCAAUCGGCUUCAGAGUUUUUAUAAAGGGCCAAUUACGGUUUAUGUUGGUCAAGGGGCAAGUUUUAUGCAGAUAAACUACAACUGAAAAAUAAUGUUUGACUGAAUUCAGACUACCAAACAGAUCCAUCUGCCAGUUUCUGUCUUUGCUUAUGUUGAAUUUUUGUGGUUUGCUCUCAUAAAUACAUCCCAAAAGCCAGGCCAAGUGUAUCACUUGGCCUGCUAUCUUCACUAUUUUGACUUACACUAUUGUAUAACCAAGCAUUGAUUCCUACCAACAGAUGCAAAAUGAUCACUAGUAACUAAUCUAAAGCUACAAAUUCAACAGGGUACUUCUUCAAUAGCACAAGAUGUUUCCCUACUUUUUGCAUUGUAGCACAACAAUUUACCAAAUUGGACUCCAGCAAUAAUUUUCUAUUAGUCUUCGUCAUACUGGCUGAAUUUUUGAUAGUAUUAGAUUGAGUUUGAAGUUCUUUGAAUUAAGUCUUUAAAAGAUGCGAGUUUACAUCAUUCUAUCAGGCAUUCUUAUUUAUACUUGACUGAAUUGAUAAUGUGUUUUGGGGUUAUUUUGUAACUAAUUUGAUGUAAUAGCCAUAUGGACAGUAACUCUAUUAAUGCUUGCUAGGUUUAGCCUUUCAUUGUUGUAGUUAAGUGAAAGUCUUUGGUUCAUUGUUGGGAAACAACAUAAAACAUACCACACAAGUUGUAACAAAGGAUUAAAGGUUUGACAUAGGGCGGACAGCUUGGAAAGUCUCACUAAAACGGCACCAUCAAAGAUGCAUGUGUUAGAAGAAGGGAACAACAGCAAAAGAACAACAAAAUUUAAGAGCAAAUGAGUCAGUGAAAAGGCUUUUUAAAAAUUCAGGUGAAUAUAUGACUAAGAGCCCCUCAAAUGCCAUUGCAGCCUAUGGCAGUAUUUUUAAUAAGAUUUUAUUAAAGUUUUAUAAGUUAUUUUAACAAGACAGGAAAAAACUUAAGACUUAAAACUAUUGGGUCACAGCAAGGUGGCUGUUGGAGUUUUGGACCACUUUAUAAUUAGCUGAAAUCCAAAUAUGUUACAGUGCAGGCCGUUCACGUUGACAAUGGUACUAACUUAUUUCUCUAGAAACCUUUAGAGUAGAUAUAUUUUUGUCAAAGCACCCCAUUCUUCCUCAAUUUAAAUUUCAAUAUUGUUCCUGAAGAUAUUUCUGUAUAUUAAUGGUACCUUUUUUAAAAGAAACAGAAAAUUACUUUUUUCUAUAUGAAUUAAUAUCUUACUUGAUCUGCUUUUCCUUGACUUUCCCUUAGAGAGGGGGUAGGGUUGGGUCAGUUUACUGGAUAUGACUGUUUUCAGAUACUUAUAAACCUUUUUGUAGAUAUGCUUAAUUUUUAAGCGAUUAGGCACUGAGAGUAGCAGAAAUCCUGCAAAGCUUUAUAGUUCACUAGGCAUUUGCCUUUGUUGGUUCUCUGAGUGACGUCUUGAUUUCAGUAGCUAGAAUUUUCCCUGAAUCUACUAGAAGGGGUAUCAGUAUUUUCAGGUAACAAAGUCUGUUAGCACAACAAAAAUUUCAGACCAAUAUCUUAUUGUAUUGGGGGUUGGGUUUUUUCCUUGUUUGUUUUGUUUUAAUUUUUAUUAAUUUCAGCUGCUUUCAUUUUGGAAAAUCAUAUUGCUAUUGUGUGUACUUCAGUAUACCAGCAAACACUGUUACCCGUUAACACAUUGUCCACAAAUGCCUCUAGAGAAGAAAUUGUUGCACCUUAUGUAUAUCUCAAGCAAACCAAAAUAUGCUUUUCUGCUUUGUUUAUUCUGAAUAUGUUGUAUCAUACUUUACUGAACCCAUUUUAACUUAGCUAAAGCUAUCAAUAUUUAUGCAUUUCACAUUAUUUUCUGGAUCUGAACCUGUGUAUAAAUCUUUCUUUAAAAAAAAAAAAAAAAAAAAAAAGAAAAGCAA